CCAUUUUCGUCCUGCUUUCUCGUCUCCUCCGAAGGACUUUGGAUCUGCGGGUUGGGAGACAGCACCGAAAUCACUUUUGCUGCCUCAUGCGACAGUGUCAGGGGAGAAGGGGGAGGAGAAGUAGGAGAGGUGAAAGAGGGGAGGAAGGAGGACAGGGAAAAGGAGUAUCAGAGGGAGAAGGUGUGGGAAGAGAAGGAGGAGGAAGAAGCGGAAGAGGUAAAAGAGGACCGGAAGGAGGAUUGUGAAGAGAAGGAGGAAAGGGCAAAGGAGGAGGAGAGGGAGAAAAAAGAGGAGGAGCAGGAGGAGCAGAAGGAUGACAUGUUUAACUAG